AUGAAAGCAUCUUCCUCUCUUGAGUCACUUCUCCCGGACCUUAUCUCGCGAUUCUACGUGACGGGGCAUUUGCUCUCUGAAAGAUUGUGUUCCUUCAUCAUCCCAAUGUGUCGGCAGGAUAAUGACGUUGACAGGUUGGCUACAAACAACCUCAUUGUCCGGUUGAUUGAAGAGUCCUUGUACUACCCCAAAGCAGUCUCUUUGAGUGCGGUCGUAUCUUGGGCCUUGAAUAUUGUGGCAAUAUACGAAAGCGGGCCGUCGCUUCU